AUGGAAAAGGCCUUGGAGCUCUACCGACAGGGCAUUGCUUUGAUACUUGACCUCCGUGUCCAAAUCAGCCAUGAAGAAGUAUCCAUUAGGACUCAGUUUCCUAUUGAACUUUUGACCUUUGUAGAAACAGACCUGAGCUCUGACUUCGCAUCUAUCGAUUCUGCAAGAACCAUCAUGCACUCCCUCGCUGCAGAAAUCAUCCUCUUUGAUCGCGAGGCGAACUUGCACCUCAGGGUAUUUGGUACCGAGUCUUCUGUAAGCCCAGAAAUGGUCACAAAACAAGAAGCGCUCCGAGCCCGUCUCGCUGAAUGGCAUCGAGCAUACACCAAGCUUUUCCACAGAAACAGCUCCGUCCCCACACACCCAGACCCUAUCCUGCUCACAUAUCAUGCUGCUGCUUUGAUUACUGUGACAGGAUGCCUAAGGGAACAGGAAACCGUUUUCGAUGUCCAUUUUGUAGACUUCGUUACUAUCGUCGAGCAGUCUAGGCUGAUUCUUGAUGCCUCAGCAGGUCCAAAUGGUGUUAGAUCACCAUUCACCUUUGAGAUGAGUGUGGGCGUCCCUCUCGCCAGGACCGUGUUGAGGUGUCGUGAUGCAAACUUGCGGCGAAGGGCUUUGGAUCUAUUGCGACUAGCACCUCCAAUAUAA